AUGACUCGCUUGAGAGUGGCUUUCCUAGGCCCUUUGGGAUCUUUUUCGCAUCAGGCUGCUACAGAGUCCUUUGGCAAUCUAUCCGCUGAUCUGGUACCCCAUGCCUCAUUCGCAGAUGCCUUCUUGGCCCUCCAGCGAAAAGAAAUUGACUACACCGUGAUUCCGAGUGAGAACUCGACCAAUGGCUCUGUUGUCCUGACAUUAGACCUUUUGGCAGACCGGGAAGAUUCAUAUAAGGAUGUGAAAGUGUGCGGAGAAUAUUAUCUGCCAAUUCACCACUGUUUGCUGGUGCGCAAGGACACAUGUCCCGGUGGUUGGGCGAACUAUGACCGUUCGAUAACCAAGCUAUACACACACUCACAGGCAUGGGGCCAGUGUGAAAAGUUCCUGUCCGAGCACUUCAAGGGCGUUGAGAGACACGACGUGUCAUCCACCUCCAAGGCUGUCCAGAUCGUCUCAAAUGAGACAACAGAACGUGUCGCUGCCAUUGCCAGUCGCUUCGCGGCAGAACACCAUGGCAUGGAUAUGCUCCAGGAAAACAUUGAAGACCGGGCAGACAACACUACCCGGUUUCUGAUUUUAAGAAAUGUACUCGAUGGACGAACUGCCCAGCUUGACUUCGAUCAAUCCAAUCCACUCGAGGUGGAGAACAAGCUUGCCCUUGAAACCAUGCACAAGACUUUGAUUACUUUCACAAUCAAUCAUUCUUCUCCUGGUGCAUUGGCAGAUGCAUUGCUCAUCUUCAAGGCUCAUGGCUUGAAUCUCACAAGCAUCAACACAAGACCAAGCCUCAAGGUACCAUGGCAGUAUAUAUUUUUCGUUGAGUGUGGAAGGGCGCCAUCGGACGAGAACAAAGAGGCUGUGCUCAAGGUUCUCAAUGACCUACCACGAGUCACAGAGACAUGUAGGGAUCUGGGAACCUGGAAAGAUCAAAUGAGGGCUGGCAGUGCCUAA